UCGUAUGGUAUUAUGUGUAAAGACAGGUGUAGCCCGCAUUGCCUCGAUUCCGCUGAGUGUGAUCACGUGACAGGAUCAUGUACUGGAGGGUGCCUUGCUGGUUGGAGGGGGUCUAGAUGUAAUCAAAAGUGCACAGGAAAGUCCUUCGGCGAGGAGUGUGGUAAAGUAUGUGGCCACUGUUAUGACAACGCCCCUUGUAAUCACAUCACAGGGGAGUGCCCAGGAGAUUGCAAGGAUGGAUGGCUGGGGAAAUUUUGUAAUGAAUCUUGCCCUGAGGAAUACUUCGGGGAAAAGUGUCAACAAAAAUGUGGCUAUUGCAUUCAUGGAAACAUUUGUGAUUAUGUCAGCGGAAGUUGCUCAGAUGGGUGCGCAGAUGGUUGGGUAGGAAGUAGAUGCAACAUAGCGUGCAGCUUUGGGUAUUAUGGCAAAAAUUGCAAGGAGCAAUGCAGUGUCAACUGUAAAGAUGCUAAAGAUUGCAACCAUAUCAAUGGGUUCUGCUCAAAUGGUUGUACAGAUGGAUGGUUAGGAAACGUUUGCGAUCAAAAGUGCCCAGAGGGAGAUUUUGGUCCAGGUUGUUCCUUAGAUUGUGGGCACUGUCCAGGAGGAGCCACUUGUUCUCAUGUAGAUGGAUCUUGUUUCUCAGGGUGUGCAAAGGGAUGGCAUGGAAGAUACUGCAACGAAAGUUGUGAAAGUGGUUACUAUGGGGAUAUGUGCACUCUGAGGUGUAGCGGUCAUUGCUUGGAUGCUGGUCAGUGCGAUACGGUGUCAGGGUUUUGUACUGAAGGCUGUAUCCCUGGAUGGAUGGGGGACAUCUGUGAUAUAGGAUGCCCUUCUGGAACGUUCGGGAAGAAGUGCAUGGAAAACUGUAGUGAGCACUGUCUUAACAUUACCGAUUGUAAUCAUGUGAACGGGUCAUGUGACGGCGCAUGCGUAUCAGGAUGGACUGGAGAGCAUUGCCAGAUAGAAGUUAAUGAGACAAGUGGACUAGCUGAUGAGGCGGUAUUGGGAAUCGUAAUUGGAGUGGUUGUUCUGUUUAUUGUCACUGACGUCAUAAUGGUUGCGUUAGUUAUAAGGUAUACAGGGAAAUCAAGGGUCAAGGUUGGAGGCUCGUCUCACCAGCGCCGCCUUAGCAUCAUAAGUGUAAAUUAUUAUGCCGGUGUUCACAGUGGAAAUCAUACAGCUGAUAGAGAUAAUGCAGUGUUAGCUUUCAACACUCUUGAUAAUUUAUGUUUUCAAAAUAAUUUAGACGACAUACAUGCUGAUCAAGAUGUCGUAUUAACUACUUGUACCCGAUCUUUCAUUCAUGGAAAUAUUGGGUCACAUCACGAAAACAUGGAUUAUGUUUCAAAAGAAAACCGAUAUAUCAGUUCCUGGGAAUAG